GUUCCUCUCGCUCUCGCCCGCUUCUCGCAUCCCAUCGGUUCUCGGCUUCUCGCCACAACCAAAGGAACUCUUUCUGCUUCCACGCCAUCGUCAAAGUCGCUUUUUACUCUCUAAACUGCCUUCCCUUCUCUUCUUGCUCAAGUAAGUGGCUUCUUCCUUCAAUCUCAUACGAAUUCUUUUAUGCUUCUAUAAUUCCAUCGUUUUUAUUUGUUGUUCUUUGUUAUCAUUCAUCAUUCAUCAACCAACAUGUUUAACUCCCACCGUUACAAACCCCUUAUCUAUCUAAACCUAAAAGUUCUAUUCCGAAGAACACAACCACACAUGUUCUGCACUUCACAAUCACACUCUUUGACGGUUUCAUACCUCAUCAAUAACCUUGGCUUCACCCCACAAUCUGCUCUAAACGCAUCAAAACGGCAUCGUUUCAAGACCCCACACAAGGCAGACUUAAUAAUCGCAUUCUUCAAGACCCAUGGAUUCUCCCAUUCCCAAAUCGCUGCCAUUGUUGCCAAGCUACCUAAGAUACUUUCAGCCAAUCCGGAAAGAAUCCUGCCAAAGUUUCAAUUUCUGGCCUCCAAAGGUGCUUCCACCGAUGACAUUGUUCUGCUAGCCACUAGGAACCCUAGAUUCUUGCAUUCGAGCCUCAAGAACAACAUAAUCCCUACUUAUGGAAUGAUGAAAACCUUCUUUGAAUCCGAUCAGAAAACGCUCCGUUGCAUUGCUUCUUUCCCUGCUUUGUUCAUGGAGCAUCGCUUGGUGAAAAAUGUCAAGUUGUUGGCUGAUGCAGGAGUCUCUAACUCCGCAAUCCACCAUUUGUGUCGUACCAGGGUGUCCGUGCUCUAUUCUUCUGAUUUGAGGAAGCUUGUGGAUGAAGUAAAGGAAUUAGGGUUUGAUCCGUCAUCGGUUAAAUUCGCCAUAGCUUUGCUAGCCAAGAAGACUAUACGGAAAUCACUGUGGGAUGCGAAAGUCGAUAUCUUGAAGAGCUGGGGUUGGUCUAAAGAAACAACGUCCCAAGCAUUCUGGAGGAACCCUUUAUGUAUGCUAUCAUCUAAGGAUAAGAUUAAUGAGGUGAUGAAACUUUGGGUCAAUCAAUUAGGUUGGGACCCUUUGGCUCUUGCCAAGAUUCCAUGGCUUUUUGGAUAUAAUUUGGAGAGAAGGAUUAUUCCGAGGGCUUUUGUUCUUCAGUAUUUACUUUCAAGAGGUCUGAGAAACAAGAAUGAUAAUUUAAGUACCCCAUUUUAUGUUUCUGAAGAGUUGUUCUUUAACAAGUUUGUGGAAUGUUUUACCGAGGAAAGGUCUCAACUACGUAAGAUAUACUAUGAGAAAAAAGGAUGUUCAUGAUAAUAGGCAAUGAGAUCUAUGGCAUUUUUCCUUUAUCAGCUGAUAUGUGGAUGCUGUUGUUGCUGCCGCCUUCCGUUGCAAUAUUAACUUCCAAUUUUCGUAUUA